GUUAUCUAAAUAUAAUUAGGUUGUGAGCCGUCCUGCAAGACUGCUGAGGACUUUGAAGACCAGUGUAUGCAACCAUACAAGGGGUACAGUGGACCUAAUUUCUGGAGUAAUAUUUGCAGUGUUGAAGGACGAAUUAUUUGGUCGUGCAUUAAAAGUCAUCUUGACAAUAAUUGCACCAAUGAAGAACAAAAGAAUGAUACCGCAAAAUUCGAAACAGUUUUCAAGCCAUUCCUGAUGUCUUUAGACUUCGCAUGUGAGAUUUCAAGUACUGACGGCCUUUGCAUGACUAUCAAUAGUUGCUUCCCUGACAGUGUUUAUCAAUACCAAGGAAAUACUGUGUACAGUUUCUAUGAGUAUUUUUGCGGCACGGAGAAACAUCUACAGUACAUGUUUAAUUGCACGAAGAAUCUAGAAACUCUUUGUCCAAUCACCGUAGAAAAGUGGUCAAACCUAUUCAAGAUACAAACCUCGACAAGUCUUUUAGAAUACAAUACACUUAGUGAGAAAAUUCUAGCGGAGUGUGGAAAACUUAACACAGAUCAAGAUAUCCAGUGUAUACAAACUAAUGGGACGAAGCUGGCACAGUGUGAGAUAGAGCCUAGAAUUGACAUUCCAAAUGGUAUUAUAACAUGCGAACAUACCGGUCAGUCUAAGUCAUGUGUAGAAGGCAUAUGUGGGAGCAGGGUAGCGGCGUUCUACCACGAAAUAUUCACUUUCUUACAGUGUGGACUCCGCGUCGACGGAAACUGGGGCGCGUGGAGUACAUGGUCCACGUGUAGUGCUACAUGCGGGGAAGGGACAACAAGUCGAACACGUGAGUGUAAUAAUCCAGCACCGGUAGGACAAGGAAGCGAAUGCGUGGGAAGUUCGACAGAAGAAAACAAGUGUACUAUACAAGAAUGUCCAGUUGAUGGUAAAUUUGGCUUUUGGGGAUUUUGGUCGAACUGUAACCAGACAUGUGGUGGUGGGACUCAAACAAGAACAAGGUCGUGUAACAACCCAGAACCAGCGCACGGAGGAAGUGAAUGUGUUGGUGAUACAAGCCAGUCACAGACAUGUAAUACACAAGAAUGUUCCGGUGUGUAUGGCCCUUGGAGCUCGUGGGGUAUUUGCUCGAAAACCUGCGGAGCUGGGACACAAACGCGGUCAAGAAAUUGUGAAGGAAGUAACAGCUGUAGUGGACCGAGAACGGAAACUAGAGACUGCUUCCCGUCAAACUGCCCAGUAAAUGGUGGGUUUAGUGAUUGGGGAAUUUGGUCAGCAUGUACAAAGACCUGUGGUGGAGGAACCCACUCAAGGACAAGAUCUUGUACCAACCCAUUACCAGCUUUUGGCGGAAGUGUGUGCAACGGUGAAACCAGUCAGACAGAGGCCUGUAAUGAACAGACUUGCCUUGCAACAUCGUGCCCAGAGGACACAAACAGUUACGGUACUUGGCCAGGCACAAUUGCUGGACAGACCGCUGUUCUAGAAUGUCACAACCAGGGAGAAGAAGGUGGUUAUUCUAGACGUUGUGGGCAAACUGGAACUUGGGAUGGUGUGACAGGAAAGUGUGAAAUAAACACUGAAAUUUUGAAUGAAUUGAACGAACAGUUGGGACGCCUCAUGGAGUCUGGUAAAGAUGUAUCGCAAGAUACUGAAAACAUUGUGAAGAACCUUACGGACCUAACCAAAGGCGUUGAUUCCACCACAAGUAGUGAUACUUUGGAGCGAGUGGUAGAAACAGCACAAAAUGUUGUCAAUGUGUUUGAAAAUAGUAAUACAAUAACAGAGGAAGGAACCGAGAAUUUCUUUAAACUUAUGAAUAACCUCAUCAGACCUGGGACUACGACUGCUUGGAAGAACGAAGAGACUGAUGUAGAUGGAAGCAAUGUGCUUGACAUGAUGGAUAGAGUUACAGCUGUUGUACAAGAAACCAAAUGUGGAACAAUUGAUGCUGGAACAGUUAUUGAAUAUGAUAAUGACAACAUAUAUACAGAAAUAGGAAAAUCCAAAGAAGGUGUGAUGUUCCCUAAAAAUAAACAAACGGAGUCCUAUAUAGAAAUUUCGGCGGUUUCAUUGGCAGAUAAAGGCAUUUCUGAUGUUUGUUUCGGGGCCUCAGAUUAUAAAUCUAUAGGCAACAUCAUUGAAGGCAGUCUGUCUGGUGAAGGAUCUACGCAGUCGUUUGGAGGCCAAGAAUUAAUUGUUCAUCCUACAGUGGUGUCGCUCAAGUUGCCACCGAUGUCUGGCGUAACCUAUACCGACAUUAAACCACCAGUUCGUGUGACAUUCCAAAUAAAAAAUGAUAGUUAUUCCAGACCUGUAUGUGUGUUUUGGGAUAAUACUAUUACUAAUGCCGGCAAGAAUGGAGGAUGGUCGCAGGAUGGUUGUGUCCUGAAAGAAUUUACCGAGGGAAAUGUUGUCUGUGAAUGCUCCCAUCUCACAAACUUCGCGGUUCUGAUGAGCCCUUCUGGAGCAGCCAGCAAACAUUCUCAGAUUUUGAGCAUAAUCUCCGCUGUCGGAUGUGCAAUAUCUAUGGUGUGUCUAAUUCUGACUAUAGCGGCACACGCAUUGGUUUGGAGGCUUGUUCGAAGCGACCGUGCGAUUAUCCUGAUGAACCUGUGUGUAGCGUUACUGAUUGCCCUUGGUGUAUUCCUUGCAGGUGUAAAUAGAACAGAAAGCAUUAAAGCCUGUGCAGCUAUAGCGGCCAUUAUUCAGUAUUUAUUCCUAGCAGUUUUCUUCUUCAUGUUAUUGAGUGGUAUUGAAAUUCUCAUCUGUGUUGUUCAUGUGUUUGUUACCAAAUUUCGCAUCAAAAUUCUGCUCCCAGUAGCUUGGCUUGUUCCUGCAAUCAUUGUAGGGAUUUCACUGGGUGUGACGAAAGGUGAAGGCUAUGGGAAUGAUAAGUUCUGUUGGUUAGAUAUAGAUUCAGGACUUAUUUGGUCAUUUAUUGGUCCUGCGGCAUUUAUCAUUUUCGUUAACUUUAUAGUUAUCUUGGUCGUUUUUAAAAAGAUGGCCUCCUCAGCAGUGCUCAAGUCCAAGACUUCAAAGACAAAAAUAAAGACAGGUCUUCGAAGUCUGUGUGUUUUACUUCCGCUGAUGGGUCUAACAUGGGUGUUCGGGAUUUUAUCCGUUAACAGCACAAUGUUUUUUCUCCAGUAUCUAUUCUGUAUAUUAAACACAUUACAGGGUUUGUUCAUUUUCCUGUUCCAUUGUGUCUUCAACCGACAGAUUCGAGAUGCUAUAAAGAAGAGAAAUGAACGAAGGAAAAGUUUGCAAACUUUCAGUUCUGACUUCAGGAAGCAGUCGAGGAGUCUCUCAAAGGAUGUAAAACAACCACAGCGGCGAUCUUCAGAUCUGAAAGAGAAUGGUGUGGAUAACAAGGCAUUUGUUGGCAAAGACAAACGUUCUAAAAGUAAUGUUUACGAAGCGGAGGAUUGGGACAAAUUAGAGCGAAAAAUGUACCAUAAAAAUAUAAGGAGUGGAGCAAAGCUUUCGUCAUAAUAACAGAAAUGCCUUAUUAUUGAACCAGAGUUGAUGAACAGUUCAAAACGAUAUGGUGCUAAAUGUUUUAGACAAAUGACGUUAACACAGGACUCUGCAAUAUAUAUAACUUGAAGGAUAAAAAUAAAAUGACUGAAGCAGUUUCGUCAUUAGCUUGACGACUUUUCGAAAAACUGUCAACACAAUUUUGACGAAUUUAUGAAAAACUGCCAUCAUUAGCUUGACGAAUUUAUGAAAAACCGCCAUCAUUAGCUUGACGACUUUAUGAAAAACAGUCAGUCAUGUGAUGUAACAUGGCUUAAAAUUGCUCAAAAAGUGCGCUUUAUUCAUUGAUUGAAAUUCAUUUUAGUUGUACUAUAGAAUAAAAACAGAUUGCGGGUAUAACUGAAACUAUUCUAAACAGUAUAAUAUGUAUUUAAAAUUGUACAGGUGUAAUCUAUACAUGUAUUAAAACUGAUUAUGCUUGUAGAUGCAUUAACUUGGGAACAAUAUUUAUUUUUGCAUUAUAUUUUCUGUUAUCUUAUAUGUUUUAAAUAACUUAGGCCAUGCAUUUUUUUCUCGCAAAAUUAUAUAACUGAUUGUAAAUAGGGCAUUACUGUUUUUUAAUUUUCACGAUCCAGUGAUAAAAUGCUGAGUAUCAUUUACCUGCUUAUUUCUAGUCUGAAAUUCAAAAAUGACCGUUUUGACAUUUUAUGAUGCCGCAAGAACGUAACGCCUUGUAGAAUAAAAGGCUCUAAUACCCGGGACAAUUUGGGAAAAAGCUCGGACUUCUUAUCUUAUAUUUUACCUGACACAUCAGUCGCCACCUAAAUAAUGUAAGUUAGUAUAUGAAAAUAAUGAAAUGCGUAACCGUUUUAUUUAUAAAUCCAUUCCUCUCAGUAUUGACACUGAGCCACACGUAUAACUAAUUACGUCAUGCUAAAAUAAAAAUACAUAAAGCUAGUUGCAGUUGUUUCCAGUUUUAUUUAGUCGCUGAUAAUGAGAAAAAUAAUUGAAAUAAAGUACGAAAAUGCCAUAUAAGCAUCUAUAUAAACUACAUUCUGUGAGUGAAAUAAUCGGUUUACGCACUGAUAUGCAAGAAAUGAAAACGAGAGCACCGAUAUGCGGUAAAUAUUAAGCCAAAGCAGUGCGCCUACCAAGUUUUAGAAGCAUAGGUCAAAGCAUUCCGAAGCAAUUAAGUGGGAACACAAAAAUGAAAACAAACGGAUGGAUUAUCAAUACCAUCAUAAUACAUGUAUGCCCAUCUGAUUACCAUAUGACUUUUGACUACGAAGCUUCAAAAUCAAAAUCAAGAAGGGUGCGUGGGUUUUAUUCACAUUACGCUCUAAUUCAUACAUUUUAGGCGAAAACUAAUUUUUCUCCGAAAUCCAUGAAAGGCGAGUACUCCGAAAGUAACUAGCGGUACAAACUUAUUGACAUAAUAUUUUUGCAAGAUAUUCUAAUAAAUAAGCAAAAAUAUUGUGCAAGAAGGUAGUAAACCGUUGCAACACGUUUGAAAUAAUGCAUAACAUUUACCUUCUUCUUGCAUUUUUACCCACUUUAUUAUUUUUCAGUUUCAUAUAGGCCAAACUUGGUGGAAAUGAACAUGUUGAAAAAUUUCACCUAAACUGUGGGCAUGGAGCUUUAAGAUCCACUAACUUCCAAAUCACUUGGUGUUAUUCAUCGCCCACGAGCAAUGUGCCAUGCCAAUAUGACUGCAUGUUACAUCAUGCUUAAACUAUUGAGCGAAAACGUUUUGUACUUACUAGCCCUACGACUUUAACCUUUGACAUCAAAAUCAAUAUGGACAAGCUGCGUGCUCACAAAGGGUGAGGAUCGCAGUUCAUAUUGACAUAAAAGCCUUUUUAUUUGCUAACACUCAAUAGGGUCAUCCACUGCUCAUGGACAAUAUACCUGACAAGUAAGAGGAAUUUCCGUUCAUACAAUGAUUGUGACCUUGACCUCACCUUAAAAUCAAUGAAGACAAUGCAGUGCAGUGCCCAUGGAGAUAUGACUAUCAAGCUUGAGGAUCAUUGGUCAAUGCCUUCUAAAGCAUUUUUAUACUAACAGUCACAGUGACUUGGACCUUUGACCUCCGAGAGUUUAUGCACUGCCAUUUGGCAAUAUGCCUGACAGGUUUUAGGAUCACAGGUUAAGGACAUCUUAAGACCUUGAACGGAAACAGUUUUUGUACUAUCACAAUGGCAGUGAUCUUUAUGUUAAUCAGCUGAUAUCAAAGAGAAACUAGAGCUGCUUUUGAGAAAAGCGCAUGUCUCCCACAACUGCCUAAUCAUCUAGAUUGGCAUUUCUUCCCCAUUAUGUAUCUGAGUCAACCAUGUACCAAGACCUGUAUCACUGGCAUCAGUAUUUUUCGGUAAUUCAAGCGCCAUACUUCUGAAGUGCCUGGGCCGAUUUGGCUAGUUAUCGAACUUGGCCGAGGACUUAAUGGCAAACACAUUUUGUUCAAGUUUGGUGAAGAUCGGAUGAGAAAUGUUUGACUUAAGAGUGCGGACAAGAUUUGUGACAGACAGACAGACACAGACACAUACGCACGCACGCACGCACGCACGCACACACACACAGACAGGAGUACAUCAAUAUGUCUCCCAUCACAGUGGUGUGGGAGUCAUAAUAAUUCACUGCCUAUAGGCAGUCUGCUUACAAGUUUGAGGAUCUUAGAAAAAGGGGUUUUCAAGAUAACAAGCGGACUCGGUUUUAUAACUGACGGUCAAGCAUUCUCAAGUUAUUUAGUGUAAACGAAAUUGCAAACAGACGAACAGACGUAUGUACCUACAGACAAUCACAGAAUACGUCCCUUCGGGCGUACAAAAAUGAUUAUUUUCGUAAUGAUUUGUGAUGCUUCAUCACAUCUUGACUGAAUUACUCCACUACUCCUUACAUAUUCCAGUAUGUGCCGAGAGUCAAUAUUAAUGAAAUACUCUUUAUAAAGGAUUUGGUACAGUUUAAUGAAAUCAUACUGUAGUUAUUUUACAUGAUUUUCUUAUGAUCGUAUGAGAACUGAUUUUCAUGAUUUCCCCAGGACCAUAGAAAACUGCAUUAUUUGCAUUCAGACAGCGCAUUCAUAUAACUACAGACACUUCGGAGGCCAUCUUUAAUCUCUGAUUAAGUUGAAAUUGAAAAAAAAGUUUCAGGCAUGAUCUGACAUUUGUCAUGCUUUCUCUACAAACAAGAGGGUCAUGAUGACCCUGGAUCGCUCACCUGAGUAAUAUGAGCUACAUGUUUCAAAUGUCAAACUGAUGAUAAAAUAUUAAGAAAGUCAGUAGGUCACAUUCAUGGUCAAUGAAAUUCAGUUUUACGAUUUGUGUGCAAAACUGUGUAUGUCAUCAAAAUUUCAAGGCUGUAUCAUAAAAAAACAAGAAAGUAGGUCAGUAGGUCAAGGUCACAGUCAAGUGACAUCAUAUUACUUGGGGUCAUCAGGUAAUUAUAAUUAAACAGUCUUGGAAAUAGGAUCAGAUGAUUUUUUAAGUAUUUUUCCUAUAUAACUAACAUAAUAACUAAGUGACCCCAGGGCGGGGCCUCUUUUAACCCCAGGAGCAUAAUUUGAACAAUUUUGGUAGAGGACUACUAGACAAUGCAGCAUACCAAAUAUCAAAAGCCUAGGUCGUAUGGUUUCAGACAAGAAGAUUUUUAAAGCUUUUUCCUAUAUAAGUCUAUAUAAAACUUGGGACCCUCAGGGCAGGGCCUCUUUUCACCCAAGGGGUUCAAUUUGAACAAUUUUGGUUAGGACCAUGAGACAAUGCUACAAACCAAAUAUCAAAGGUCUAAGUGUUGUGGUUUCAGACAAGAAGAUUUUUAAACAUUUUUUCCUACAUAAGUAUAUGUAAAACUUGGGACCGCCGGGGCGGGGCCAUAUUUGACCCUAGGGGGAUAAUUUGAAUAAUCUUGGUAGAGGACCACUAGAUGAUGCUACAUACCAAAUAUCAAAGUCCUAGGCCAUGUGGUUUUGUACAAGAAGAUUUUCAAAGUUUUCCCUAUAUAAGACUAUAUAAACCAUGUGACCCCGGGGCGGGGCCAUAUUUGACCCUAGGGGGAUAAUUUGAACAAUUUUGGUAGAGGACCACUAGAUGAAGCUGCAUACCAAAUAUCAAAGCCCUAGACCAUGUGGUUUUGUACAAGAAGAUUUUCAAAGUUUUCCCUAUAUAAGUCUAUAUAAACCAUGUGACCCCGGGGCGGGGCCAUAUUUGACCCUAGGGGGAUAAUUUGAACAAUUUUGGUAGAGGACUACUAGAUGAUGCUACACACCAGAUAUCAAAACCCUAGGCCAUGUGGUUUUGGACUAGAAGAUUUUUAAAGUUUUUGCAGUAGAGUUCUGCAUGGAAUUCAAUUCUUUGAACAAUUUUGAAAGGGGGCCACCCAAGGAUCAUUCCUGUGAAGUUUGGUGUAAUUCUGCCCAGUGGUUUUCAAGAAGAAGAUUUUUUUAUAAAUUGUUGACGCACGACGGACGACGGACAUCAAGCGGUCACAAUAGCUCACCUUGUCGCUUCGUGACUGGUGAGCUAAAAACUGUUAGAAAAAUGUCGGUCGCACUAAUGUUUUUAAACGACAUUCAGUUUAUACUUAAGUAAAAAGACAACACACUUUCAAUUUGUUUUUGUUUUUAAUUCUGCAUAAUUCUAUUUGAUCUUAACAAAUACCAUCGACAAAAUGCAUGCGCAUAACAUGCAGUUUCAUAGACGAAAUAUAAAUUGUAUGCAUCAAUUUAUGCUACAAGUAUGAAACAUAAAUGAUACAUUUUAACUAAAAUUUACGUAUUGUAAUAAACAUUGUACUGUUUAACUACAAACGUCUUAGUAACAUAUAUGCAGCAAUAAUAUAAUACUAAAACGAUUUAGACACCACUUUUGUCUUUGCACUACGACGUAUGACCUGUACAAUACAAUCACCAGCACAGUAAUCUUAGGUUGUCGGCCAUAGAAUAACUCAGAUGUAAAAAUAAACAUUCCUUGCAUCCAAAAUAGGCACUAACACGUGAAAACAUUUGUGUAGUCUGAAAAUAUGUUUAAACAUAUCUACUGCGGAAGUCACUCAGUAAAAAUUGAUGUAAGAAUUUAGCUGUGGUAAUAUUUUACUAACAUAAAUCAGCUUAGAUAAUUCUGAUUUAUGAUUUUUGAUAUUUCCAACAUUUCAAUCCGUUUUAAACUAUCUGAUGAUGUUUUGUACUUUCCUCUUUUAAUAUUAUAACAACUGCAAUAUAACUCCCGAGUUAUGACUUCACAAAAAGUGCGGUAAAAUAUUGUAACUUAAACAAAGACAAAUUAACAUUUUAAACAUUACAAUAGCAUUAUACCAAAAAUAUUAUUCAUCUAUUAUUAUCUUUUUUUG